UAGCUAGAUCAUCUUUUUGACGCUAUAGCUAGGAAGACUCUUCCUUCCACCACUCCAACACCACACCAGAGCCUUGCAUCUCAAAACCAUCUCUCUGCUUCUUUCAAAAUAUCAUCAUGAACUUAGAAGAGAAAGUUUCCAUGGACCUGGUUCCACAAUCCGAAAGUCUCUGCUAUGUCCGCUGCAACUUUUGCAACACUGUUCUUGCAGUCGGAAUCCCGUGCAAGAGGUUGCUGACCACCGUGACUGUAAAAUGUGGGCAUUGCAGUAACGUCUCCUUUCUCAGCACUAGACCUCCGCUGCACGAUCACCAGACCACUCUUACCCUACAGGAAAACCAGAGUUUUUGCGAGGAUUUCAGGAAGGGACAAUCUUCCUCUACUACUACACCUAGUGAGCCUUCCUCCCCCAAGGCACCAUUUGUUGUAAAACCACCUGAGAAGAAACACAGGCUCCCAUCUGCUUACAAUCGGUUCAUGAAGGAGGAGAUACAGCGAAUCAAAGCAGUCAACCCCGAGAUACCGCAUCGAGAAGCUUUUAGCGCAGCAGCCAAAAACUGGGCUAGGUACAUUCCAAACUCCUCAACUGCUUCAGCUUCUGGAAGCACUAAGCAAUGUAAGCGUGCAAAGAAUGAAGGUUUGAAGAUCAAUUGGGGAGGACCUCUCUACUUAAUUUAGGUUAUUUAACUUUAGCUUUUAUUAACUAUGGCUUUAACUUUGGUUUUGUGCAAGUAUGCUAGACUAUCAAUGUUUGAACUAUCUUUUUUAGUUCCAGCAAAAUCCUUGUAAUUUGAUUCCAGGUACCUGAACAACUAGUUUCUAAAAUUUAAGUAAUUAAUUUCGGGAAUAUUU